UCAGUCUGCAACCGAAACUUCAGUCAUUGGGAUUCGCAACCCAUGUUUUUAGCUUAUUUCUAUAAAUAGCGAUAAGUAUUUGAUAGGAGCAAAGAUUACAUAUUGUCCUGUUUUUUACAAAGGAAUCUAAAAGAAAGAGGUUGAUUUUGAUGGGGUCGUGGAAUUCAGUUUCGUUGCAAGUGUUGUACAAUGUUUUUGGAUGGAUUGCGUUUGUCUUAUGGUCUAUUAGCUUUUAUCCUCAAGUCGUACUCAAUUUCCGUAGGAAAAGUGUGGUGGGGUUGAAUUUUGAUUUCGUGGUGUUGAAUUUGACAAAGCACUCGUCAUAUCUUAUCUACAAUGUUUCCAUGUUCUUCAGUUCUGCCGUUCAGAGGCAAUACCAUCGUCGAUAUGGCUCUAACGAGAUGAUACCUGUAGCUGCUAAUGAUGUGGCUUUCUCUACUCAUGCUGUUGCUUUAACAGCAUUUACCUUAUUUCAGAUUGCUAUUUAUGAUCGUGGAAAUCAGAAGGUCUCAAAAACUGCUAUAGCAAUUGUUACUGUUGCUUGGUUAAGUGUUGCAGUUUGUGCAUUUGUGGCUUUCCCUAAACAUUCUUGGCUAUGGCUAGUGUCCUGUUUCAACACAUUGCAGGUUGUUAUGACAGUAAUUAAGUACAUUCCCCAGGCUGUAAUGAAUUUCCGGCGAAAGAGCACAAUUGGAUUCAGUAUUGGCAACAUUUUGCUGGAUUUGUUUGGAGGUUUAACAACUUACGGACAGAUGGCAGUGCAAUCCAUAGAUCAGCAUUCUUGGGUGAACUUUUAUGGAAACAUCGGCAAGACCUUAUUGUCAUUGGUGUCGAUAUUCUUUGACAUUCUCUUCAUUGUGCAACAUUAUGUGUUCUAUCCUUCUAGGAAAGAAGUUGCUGCUCCUGAUUUUGAUGUGGAGAGACCAAGGGACAUUGAGGGACGCUGAUGGUGUCUAUGGCUGUAGCUAGUUAUAUUCCAACCAAUUCAUUUGCUCUUUCUCUAAGUAUACUGAGCUCUAGAGUUGGGAGCACAAAUUCCCUGAGGCAGAACAAAUAUCUCGUGCAUGGUUAAGUGGAUUCUAUGUUUAGACGUUUCUCCAAUCUACGAAAUGUAGUUUCUUGUGGUAUUCUGUGGAGCAUUUAGAGAGAAAUGACAAUUGAUGUUUUAUUGAAUGCGUAAACUGUACAUGUCAUGGACUUCACUGAAUGCAUUUUGCUGUAAAAUGCAUCAAUUGUCUCAUGGACUAUUGGACUUCAUUGGCUCGAAACAUAGUUGAAAGAAGAUACAGUCUAUGAUAUUUGUAAAUCUUACUCCAAAGUUUUCCAGUUUGUUCCAGUUAACUUGUA